GCAUGUGCACAGAGUCGCAGACACGAGAGUGCACGAGUGAUCGACCAGGAUAGCUAACCACUUGGUUAGAAGGUCAUAUAGCUAAGAGCUAAGAUAGAGAUAUACAGUAGGAAGCACUUGAGUGCAAGGAAGGAAUAGGAAGCUCUUGGAAGGUUCGCGUGAUCGAGAGGGCUAGCUAGCCCAGCUGUCGUCGAUCGCAACGGGGAGAUAUGCCUUGGCGCUUGGCUAGAGAGGGGGAGCCGCUGGGGGAGGCGCGGAGCGUGCAGUGCGAGUGCUGCGGGAUGGCGGAGGAGUGCACGCCGACGUUCAUCGGCCGCGUCCGGGAGCACUUCCAGGGCAAGUACGUGUGCGGGCUCUGCACGGAGGCCGUCAAGGAGCGCCAGCAGCGCUGUGACCCGGACGUCAUGAUCACCGUGCGCGCCGCCGUGGAGGCCCACGCGGCGCUCUGCCAGCGGUUCAAUUCCACCGUCCGGCUCAACCCCAAGCUCUCCCUCGCCAGCUCCAUGCGCGACAUCGCCCGCAAGAGCUCCCAGAACCGCGGACGCGGAGCCUGCAACACUGGCGCCGGCAGGGGAACUGGGAUGGUUGUUAAUAAGCCACCCGCGUGCUGCAACGGCGGAGGCCGCGCCGGCGCCGGCGCCGCCGGUUGCGCGCUGCCGUACGUCUGACGAAUUGAAGACCGUUCGGUCGUGUCGAGCAAGCAGGCGGCGGCUUCAUUAUAUAUCUAACCUGUGUGAUUGAUCGAGAAAUUGACACGGGCAUGCAUGCAUCAUAUAUAUCGUAUAUAUGCACUGGCUCGCCAACUUAAUUAUAUGUUGAUAGCACACGCUAACGCAUGCAUGCCAAACCACCUUACUAUAUACUCCGUACUAUGUACUACUCCGUAGUAAGUUGACUGCUGGCCGGUAGUGUUUGAUUA